UUGGAAAGUGUGACAUUAUCGUACUGCGGCUGCGUAAAGUAUCUUUGAGACGAAAUCCUGCACUUUUCUCUUCAUUAUCCAUUCAAUGUUAUUUAUCCUAAUUAUUUGAUGCAUUUGUAGGCAAAAUGACGAUACGAUGAGACUCAGAAUGGCUUUAUAAUACUAAUUAGUAACAAGCAACUUUCAAAAUUAAGGACUAUCAAAGCCUUCAAGAAGGCCAAGGAGUUUCUAAUAUUUCUUGUUUAAGUUCUACCUAGUAAAACCAACAAAACUGGCGGACCAAGGUGAAAACGAAAUGUCAUCAUCUCCUGACAAUUCGAGGAUGGCAGUUUGCAGAGUUCCUACACCGCCUCCUCCUGAUGUCUCAUGUCCUGUUGCAGACAACUGGUGUUACACACAGGUUAAAGUGAUAAAGUUUUCAUACAUCUGGACAAUCAACAACUUCAGUUUCUGUAGGGAGGAAAUGGGAGAAGUUCUGAAAAGCUCGACAUUUUCUGCUGGUGCCAAUGACAAACUUAAAUGGUGUCUACGAGUAAAUCCCAAAGGUCUCGACGAGGAAAGUAAAGAUUAUUUAUCGCUAUAUUUGUUAUUAGUUUCAUGCAACAAAAGUGAAGUGCGGGCAAAAUUCAAAUUUUCAAUAUUGAAUGCUAAACGAGAAGAGACAAAAGCUAUGGAGAGUCAAAGAGCGUACAGAUUUGUUCAAGGAAAAGACUGGGGAUUUAAAAAAUUUAUUCGUCGUGAUUUUCUAAUGGAUGAAGCAAAUGGAUUAUUACCGGAUGACAAGCUCACUAUUUUCUGCGAGGUCAGUGUUGUGGGUGACACAGUUAAUGUUUCAGGACAGUCCAACUGUACUCCAGUCAAAGUUCCAGAAUGCAGGCUCAGUGAGGACCUGGGACAGCUUUUUGAUAGAUCUUUAUUUAGUGAUGUAACGCUUAGUGUUGGAGGGAGAGAGUUCCUCGCUCACAAGGCCAUCUUGGCUGCAAGGUCCCCUGUUUUUAAUGCAAUGUUUGAGCAUCAAAUGACAGAAAGCAAACAAAAUCGUGUCGAUAUCCAAGAUGUGGAUCAUGAAGUAAUGAGAGAAAUGUUAAGAUUUACUUACACAGGGAAAGCACCAAACCUUGACAAGAUGGCAGAUGAUCUUUUAGCAGCUGCAGAUAAGUAUGCUUUGGAAAGAUUAAAAGUUAUGUGUGAGGAAGCUCUAUGUUCCAAUCUUACAAUAGAAAGUGUUUGUGACAUUCUUGUGUUAGCAGAUCUGCAUAGUGCGGAACAGUUAAAGACACAUGCCAUUGACUUUAUAAACAGCCAUGCCACAGAUGUGAUGGAGACCACAGGUUGGCGGUCAAUGAUCCAAGCACACCCACAUCUCAUAGCAGAAGCUUUUAGAGCUCUAGCAAGUCAGCAGAGUCCACCGUUGGGACCUCCAAGAAAGCGAAUCAAACAGGCAUAAUGCAUGGAAAAGUCACUAAGCCCUGCCCUGUUUGAUGACAUGAACAUUAUGACAAACUUUUAAAACAAGAAACAAACAUAAAGACUGUGUGAACCUGAAAGUGUAUGUGGCUGGAGGAAAAAAUGUGCGUAACAUGGCGCAGUUGGACUAUCCAUCAACAUUUAUGGUAGUCAUCUGGUUGUGCUUAAAUGUAAAUGUGUACAAUUUUUUUUUUAAGAAACAAGCAAAAGUAGGAUUUCAUUCAUGGCAAAAUUCUAAAGAUUCAUCAGCUUUGAUUGUUCUCAGACUCAUCAGCUUUGAUUGUUCUAAGAUUCACCAGCUUUGAUUGUUCUAUUUAAUAAGUUUGUUCUACCUCAAUGAGCCCAGGUAGGAAAUUUCAGCCUCAAAAGGUUUCAUUUCAAGAAAGAUUCCUUAUGGCCCACAUUUAUUUUUUACUGAUGUGCGAUCAAUGGACCUUUAUCUUCAUCUGUGAGACAUUCCCAGAAAAUAAGGAAAAAAGAAACUUGUUUAGGACCUGUGAGUCUCAAACUGGAUUUUACUCAGUUAAAGAGUGUUUCUUUAAUUCAUGGUUGCAGGAUUAUUAUUUUUUUUCAUUGACAACUGAAGUAGUUUGGAUUAAAAAACAACUCUAGGUAUGUAUCUCUAUGGUUAGGUAAUUUUUAAUUCAUUAAAAUAACUUUAAAGCCAAAAUGAAAUUUGGCCCACAGAAUAACCAUGAGAAAAAGAACAAAUGACCUCUUCAGUUGUAUACAAAAUGUACUGCUAAUAUUAAUUAUCAAUAGACCAUGAGCCAUUACAAUCAUUUACUUGGUUUCAAUUUCAAGUGUUCCUAGAUAUCUUGUUAAGCAAUUUUCAUUGGAACAAAUUUAUCUUAGUUUGAUACAAGUUUUAAAAAGAAACUGCACUCCUUGGAAUAACAGGGCAUCAAAUAAAAUUUGUGUUAGGUAUAAAUGGUUGGUCUUGGGAUGGUUAAGUAAAUCAUAAAAUGAUCAGUAGGUGAUUUUUUUUUUAUGUAAUCAGAAUAGUUGUUAUUUAUAACCUAGGCACUAAUUGCAUUUAAUUGCCACUUCAUUUGUUGUAAACCCAAAUAAUAUUGUCUGCCCCUUUUGUACCAGACUUAAAAUGGGUAGGCAAUGAGGCUGUGUGGUGUGUGUAUGAAACUUGUUCUUCCUGACAAGAUGAAACAGUGUACAAACCUAUAUAGUGUAUAGAACAUUUUAUGCUUGCCACUUUUUGCUUUUUAAAGCUAUAAUUAUGAACACAACUUUGAAAAGAAAUGAAAUUUAACAAAAAUAUAUUAUCCAUUGACUUCUGACAACUUUGUACAUUUUAACUUAUAUAUGGUGAUUUCCAUUUUAUAAUUAUUCUUUAUAGAUUGUCAAUGCAUUUGUCAUUAUUUGUUUCUCUUGAGUAAAAUCUUGUACAUGCUGUAUUUUGUUUACAAUGACAUACACACAUAUAGAAGGUAAACUUGGUCUGUGUGCUACAUGCUGCUUAAUUGGAUUAUUGGGUCUCUCAAAUUUUGCAAACUUAUUUUACAAUUCUGCGCUUUUAAUAAAGAUGCUUUAAAAAUGAAUUCGUAGUAAAGUAAAAUAAUGAAUUUAAGGAAUUCAUGUAUCACUUGAUGUGAAUCUUGGCAUCACAUUCUGCUCUUGAAUUUGACAUUAAUGUAAAGAUUAGUUACUGAAAUGAAAUCAAGUCAUUUUCUUAUAUGUCCUGUAGACUCUAGUCAUUCUAUUUCAAGCAUAGCAUACAAGAGCCUGAGUUAGGUCAUAUAGUCGGACGCAAUCUUUUGGUAAGUUGUAGUUACAAAUAUGAGCUCCAGCUACUUUAGUGAAUAUAAGUAUUUGCUACGAAUAUGUUGGUUUGCAUUGUGUGUCAUGGUUUCUUUUCUCUCCCCUCCCCCCCUUGCUACUUUGUGAUAUUAUGCAACUAGUGAUGAUUGACCAUUUAAUACUAGUGUACUAAGAUAAAUAACUCAUUUCCAUUGUUUGUCAUCAUGAAAAAUUGAUUGGAUUGACAUUGUCGACUGUAAAUCUACACAAUGUGUUAAAUAAAAUACCAAAAGGCACCUGAACUUUGUUGUCCUUUUUCUUGGUUACAACUUUUGGUAAUUCCAGUUUCUUUUUUCUUUUAAACUUUGAAUUUACUUCAAUUGAUAUAUUUUAGUGUGUAUAAUAUAAUUUAGUUACAAUUAGAAAAGUUUAUUUUAUGCAGUGUUUUGAGGUUAAGUCUGUAAGGAACAUUUUUUUAGGAUUAAAUUAUGAUUAUGGCUCAUUGUGACCCUAUCCCAGUUAACCUGUUUUAGAUAUUAAGCUUUUUUAGCUUAUUAAAUGGCAUGCUAAAUAUAAAGUAUAAAAAGUUGUGUAUAAAAUGACAUUAUACCAGACAGUGAGAAAUUUAUUAUUGCAUUAAAAACAAAACAAAAAAAAGGAUCAAUUUAGCAAUUUUUGAAUUUAAUAAAUAGUCUUCUAUUAAAGUGUUUCUGGCUUGAAUUUUUAAAAAUAUGUUAAUUUCAAAUGUUUCCAAUUCCAUUUGAUUUGUUAAAUAGUUGAUCUAUCAUUAGUCUGGAUGAACUUUCAUCCUCUUCUUUUGUAUAUAUAGCAAGAAUGUGUUUAAUUUAUUCAUUUUUACAAUUCUGAGAAUAGUUGAAUGACUUGUAUUUUAAAAAAAAACAUAGAAUCUACUAUGAAAUGAUUUAUUGUUAAUUUUUUUUUUCCUUUACUAAAUAUUUUUUUGGUAUUAUAAAACAAUAGUUGAUCAUUACAGCCAACAGUAGAUUUUAAUGUAGUAGAAGUAAUUGAUGGAAUUGUUUUUAGAUGUACAAAGAGCCUGUUAAACUUAAGUUGAAUGUUUAAAUUUAGGUAUGAAUUGUAGUACAUAUGGUUAAUACAGGAUUUGUUAUAAAAAAAAUAAAUAAAAAUUCUAGUCUUCAUGUCAAUGAGCAAAUUAAAUUAACUAGGUUGACAUGAAGAUAAGCUUUUCAGUCUCCUAGGACUACUUAGAACUACUUAGAAAUCCCAUGAAAGAUUUGUCAAGAUAUAGUGCAGAAAAUAUCAGUAGUAUUUAAAUUUUUCCUUUUUUUUUUAAAUUGCAUUUGACUUGUUUUUCUGAUGCAAGAACCCCUUUAAUUAAUUUUUUCAAAUAGGUCAGUGCUCUAUUGUCUCUCAGAUGUGAAAUGCAGAGCCUGUAUUUGCAUAGAUUUAAGAAUCUCAGCAGUGUUGACCCCUUUAGCUCUUUACAAAGCUAGUUUAAAAUUAAAUUCAGUUCACACACAAUACCAGUAUUUCUUAUUGAUCACUGAAACCUGAACUAAUGCUAUGUUUAUUGCUCAGAAGAUGAAUGGUUGCUGGAAUGAGUUUGGAAUGAAUAUGUAAAAUAUUUUUAAAUAAAUAAAAACACGGUUAAAAAUGUUUGCAAAGUCACAGACCUAAACUAUGUUUAAUAUACUAUAUAUUAAUGCAGCAAUAGAUGGCCAUACUUUAAAUCAUAGGAUGAAUAGACCAUUUAUUGUGAUUAAAAUACUAAGCAAAGAUAUCUGACUUUGUACACUUCCUUUAUAUCCCUGUUUCUCGCACCCCCCUUCCUUUUCAAAUUGUUCCUAGUAGAAUUUUAAGUUUUGUACAUUUAAUGUAUGAAUUUGGUUUAGGUGGCCAUAAUCAUUUUUAUUUCCAAUUACUUUAUACAUGUAUAAUGAUUAGAAGAAACUCUUUUCAAGUUAUAUAAAUUAUUUUUUUUUUUAUUAAAAAAAAAGAAAGAAAUGACAAUCUUUAAAACUGUAUAUGUAUGCAAUGAUUUGAAUAUGUACAGUUAUUCUACCCUUUUCAUGGCUAAUGUACAUGUGACUUUCAUGACUAAUGUACAUGUGACUUAAUAUUUAAUUAAACACCAUGGAUAAUGUACUGUUUUUUUUUUUCCACACAUCUCUCAUUUCAUGCUACACCAGCUAUUCUAUCAAAAAUGAAAUCUCUGUUGUGAUCUUUAUUAUGAAACAAAAAAAAUUCCUGUGCUGUUGUCAUAUCUUGUACAGCAUUUUUUUUUUUU